AAUCAAUAAUAAAUCCGAGAAAAACUGUAUACUAUUUAAUAAUAAAAACACAAAUAAUAAUAUUUAUAUUAAAGUGAACAUUCAAGUUCAAAAUGUUUUUCCUUUCUCCUCGUUAAUUGAACAUGUAAUUUAUUGUAAAUAGUAAUUUAAUAUCGUAACGAUGAAGUCCAGCGAAGUAGACGUGGUCAAGAUGAUCGAUGCUAACAAAAUGCGGAAGGAGAAAAAGUUGUCGGUAAGUUCUAUCACUAGCAGUCCGGCUUCGGACUUGAAACCUCGAGUGGUGACUGUCAAGCAACAUGAUUCAAAAAAACUGUACACGCCGACUGCUAAAAAAGAAAAUACAAAAAAAAUUGUUCAAGAUGCAACAAAGGAAAUUCAAAACUGCAAUGAUAGUUCUGAAUGGCGCCUAGAUUUGAGUAAAUCAGGAUUGACCAAAGUGCCAAUAACCAUUAGGGAUGCUACACAAUUGACUGAAUUGUAUCUGUAUGGUAAUAAGUUGAUCACUUUGCCGUCUGAAAUUGGAUGUCUGACCAACUUGCAGACUUUAGCACUCAGUGAAAACUCUCUGACCUGUCUACCGGAUUCGCUAGCUAAUCUUACUAGUCUUAAAGUCUUAGACCUAAGGCACAAUAAACUUACUGAAGUACCAGAUGUUGUCUAUAAGUUGGAUACAUUAACUACACUGUUUUUGCGCUUCAAUCGUAUACGUACAGUGAGUGAUGACAUUAGUAAAUUAGUCAAUCUAGUCAUGCUCAGCUUACGAGAAAAUAAAAUUAAAGAACUGUCUUCUGGUAUUGGUAAACUGGAAAGAUUAAUUACGUUUGAUGUGUCACAUAAUCAUUUGGAACAUUUACCAGAAGAGAUAGGAAAUUGUAUACAAUUGUCUACAUUAGACCUUCAACAUAAUGAACUUGUCGACAUUCCUGAAACUAUUGGCAAUCUUACACUUCUGACACGUUUAGGGUUAAGAUACAACAGAUUGAAAAUUUUACCGAAUUCAUUGAGUAAUUGUAAUCGAAUGGAUGAAUUUAAUGUAGAAGGUAACAUGCUAAGUUGUUUGCCUGAUGGUCUACUUGUUAACUUAAAAGAAAUGAACAGUAUAACACUUGCUAGAAAUAGUUUCACUGCAUAUCCUACUGGAGGGCCUGCACAAUUUAUUGCUGUAGACUCAAUUAAUUUUGAACAUAACAAAAUUGAUAAAAUACCCUAUGGAAUAUUUUCCAAAGCUAAUUAUCUAACAAAAUUAAAUAUGAAAGACAAUGCCUUGACAUCACUGCCAUUAGAUGUUGGUUCUUGGACCAAUAUGGUAGAGCUAAAUGUUGCAACAAACAUGAUUACCAAAUUGCCUGAUGACAUACAAUAUCUUCAAUCAUUGGAGGUGUUGAUCUUAUCCAACAAUCUAUUAAAAAGACUGCCAGCUACCAUAGGAAAUCUUCAAAAACUCAGAGUGCUUGAUCUUGAAGAAAACAAACUAGAAACAUUACCUCAGGAAAUUGGUUAUUUGCGAGAACUGCAAAAAUUAAUUUUACAAUCAAACCAAUUGCUAUCUCUACCUCGAGCAAUUGGUCAUCUCACAAACCUGGCAUACCUUAGUGUCGGUGAAAACAAGCUCAGUACAUUACCUGAAGAAAUUGGUACACUGGAAAAUUUGGAGGCGCUUUACAUUAAUGACAACCAAAGUCUUCAUCAUUUGCCAUUUGAACUUGCCUUGUGUUCCAAGUUGCAGUUGUUGGGAAUUGAAAAUUGUCCAUUGAGUCAACUUGGAGAUGCUGUCAAAGGAGGUCCAUCUUUAGUAAUGACUUAUCUCAAGGUAAAUGGCCCAUACCGUACUCUGUGAAAUCUUUUAAACUGGUGUGGUAUUUCCAUUUGAUAUUUCUAACACAAUAUUGCAGUGAGCCUAAUAGAAGUUUGUUAAUAUUUGUUAUUGUGUUUAAAAGGUUUAUUUUAACACAGAUAUUGAAACUAUUUUAAUGGAUCACUAGUAAUAUUGUGAAUUAUACUCUGACUUCCAUUAUGAAACCAAGUAGGAAAAAAUGUAUUUUUAAUUCUUGGGAUUUUUGGUAGGAAUAAUAUUAUGUUCUUAUAAGUUGCAUCAAACAUGCGUAAGUAUUUGAAAUCAGAGGUGUUAAUAAUUUCUUUCUAGAGAAAUUAUUUUAAGAUGAGAGUUUAUAAAUAAUUGAUAUGUUUUAUUAAAUAAUUUUUCAAGAAAUAUUUAUUAAACAAUACAUAAUAGGUAUAUAGGUACCUAUUUUAUUUGUAUACAAUAAUAUUAUAACUUAAACUAAAGUAUGUAUUAAACAUUAAGUUAAAAUUUUUAUUCGUUAAUGAUGAAUGUAUGGACUUGACCGAUUAUUUUCAGUAUUUUAUUAAUUAAAUUUAAUAACUUUAUAUAAGCAUUCGAUAAAUAGCAAUUUUGGAAGUACAGUUAAAUAUAACUACCUAUUCUAUAUGUUGUCACAAUUUAUUUAGAGUUAAACACAUUUAUCAAAAGAUAAAUACUUAGAUAAUACAUUAUGCUUUAAUUAAUAAUAAUUAUUCUUAUACUUAAAAUUUUAAAUAAUAAAUUGUCAGUAUAUUUACAUAGAUUUAUAUUUCAUAAUACAAAAAAAAAAAUUUACAAUUAUGCGAGUUUUAGCAUUUAAGAUGAUAAUAUUGAUUCCAUGAUAUUUCAUUAUAAACUCUCAUCAGAUUCUGAAAUUUGAUAUCGUAUUUUAGAUAAUGCGUAUUUUGUAUCAUAAAGUUAUUAAAAUUAUUUACUGAACUACUAGACAAUUCAAUAUAAAAUAAACUUUAUAACGAUAUCUAUUGUUUUAUUCAGCAUGUCAACUGGAAAUUUCACCACAGUCCCGAAAUUGUAUUUAAACCAUGAAUAUCAGUGUGUUAAAUACAAAUUCAUUAAUUUGUUUUUAUUUAUUCAUAAUAGGCAAAUGUAUAGUGUAUUAUUUAAUAUUUGUUUUAAUUGAAAAUUAUAAAUGUAUAUGUAUUUUAUGUAUGUAUAAUAUACAUAUAUUACGUAUGUGUACAUUAUAUAUAUAUAUAUAUAUAUAUAAUUAUUUCAACUGUUGAUAAAAAAUAACGUAAUAUUAUUUUUGUGUGAUAAUUAUUAUAUUAUGUUAAUGUUAAAAAAAAAAUUGAAAACUAAUUUAUUUGAAAACAGUUCUCAUAUAAAUAUUAUGAUUACAAUUUUAUGACAUAAUAUCUAUUGGUUAUUGAUUAACCUAUAUAGUAUUAACGUGUAAUCAUAAUAAAAUACGAGUAAGUUGUAUUAGAAACAUUAAAGUUCUUAGAUUGGUACUUGUGUCAAAAUCCACCUUUUGAGCUUGUACUACUUAUAAAAUUGUUUUUGUCAUUAUUUGUGCAAUAUAAUGAAUUUUAUUUUAAA